CUAUCAGUCUCUUUGCAAUUUACGUGCAGUCUUCAACUUGCUGAUCGAUCUAAGGCGAAGGAAAUUUCAUGGACAUUAUACCUGUUACAAGGGACGAAAUUGAUCACUUUGGUCACCCCCAUCCGCUCAGCAUUGUGUAUCUACAACAGCCUAAUCAAAAAAAUGAAAAUUCUGAAGACGAAGAUGAAGACACAGAGAAAGAUGAAGACGAUUUUGUGGAGGAAGACCAUCAUGGUGGACAAUGCAACCUUUGUAAGGAACGAAUCUGGUCAUUUCAUUUGUGUUACUACCAAUGCAAGUCCUGUGACUACUCAUUGCACAAAUUUUGUGCAGAACUACCCGAGACCCUAGUAAAUCACCCAUCACACCCUAACCACAAUCUUUUUUUCGGUCGUUUUUAUCCUCCUGGAGUUAACUGUCAUGUCUGCAAUACCGAGCUUAAAAGCAACCGUUUUUAUUAUUGUUCUGUCUGCGAUAUUUUCAUGGACAUUACUUGUGCUACUAUGCCGAAACAGAAGAUAAACCAUCCUAGUCACCCUCACCUACUGGAACGAAUGCCUGGGUCCAUCGUGUCUAGUUGUCUAGCUUGUGGUAAUAAACAUGAAGGGGUCUUCUUUCAGUGUACCACAUGUCCUGGGUUUCGGAUCAGCCAGGACUGUGCUUUGUUGCCUGCCAAGUUACUAAUACAAAAUCAUACCGAUGGGACUUUCACUCAUUCUCAUCCACUUACCCUUGCCUAUUCCUUUUCCUUUUUGGAUCAACGAUCUGCAUUGUUCCUCGUUUGUAGAGCCUGUGGUCAGUAUUUCAAAAGUCAUUUACGGACUUACAAAUGUGAUAAAUGCCGAUAUUAUGUGCAUGUUGACUGUGCAACUUCAAAGAAAGAACCAUUUAUGUCCAUCUUCCAACAUGAAAGCCUUGGAGAAACUUCUAAAAAUUUUAAAGAUGAUGAACAUCCGAAUCUGCUCCACUGCCCAUUUAACGAUGAAGGUGACAACCUUUUAAAGCGUCAUAUGUCUAAUCGAAAGGAGUUGAUUGGUAAACAAAAUGAUGGUGACACGCUCAACCAUUUUAGCCAUCAACAUCCACUCAUCCUUUUCGACAAGCAAACACCAGUUGGUAUAACUCUUCACGACCCCAUGAAAAGAGUUCGGCUAUUAUGCGACGGAUGUGUGAAACCAAUCAUAACGGUACCAUUUUACAUGUGUUCCGAAUAUGUUGAUGGAAAAUGUUGUUUUGUUCUUCAUGAGUGGUGUGCCAAACUACCCUCGGAAGUACAAGACUGCGUGGGCCAUCCCGAGCAUACGCUUUUUCUACUGCCGAAAAUCUCUGAUAGGUUCUUUGGUGUGUUCACAUGUACUGUUUGCGGGUUACGAUCCAAUGGUUUCGCGUAUGGGUGCACAAUGUGUGACUUUUAUGUUGAUAUUAAUUGUGCAUUCAUACCUGAAGAAAUAACACAUGAGGCUCAUCCAAAUCAUCUCCUAUUGAGAGUAAUGCCUUCACCUUAUAAUGAAAUGCAUUUGUUUUGCAAAGCAUGUAAUGACUAUAAGUGGCGAAGGUGGGGAUUUCAUUGUCCCUCUUGUAAUUUCUACAUUCAUGCGAAGUGUGCUUUCUUAUUGCCUAAAGUGAUUAAGCACAAGUGUGAUCAACAUCCUUUGAGCCUAAGAUACCAUCCAGCGGAGAACCAUAUCAGCGAAUACUUUUGUGAGAUAUGUGAGAAUGAAUUUAGCCCUUGGAAAUGGUUCUACCAUUGCACUACAUGUGCCCAGUCUAUGCAUGCUGCCUGUGUACCCAAUAUACUUCAAUGUGAGCAAGGUUCGUUUCCCUAUUAUGGUACUCUUGUCAAUACAUUUCUCAAUGUCAAAUUUGGAGGAAUGCUUGAGAUCAAAGGUCACUCACACCACUUGGCUUUUGCACAAGGGUUUAACAGCGAUGGAAAGUGCGUUAAGUGUCAUCAAGAAUUUGAAUACGAUAUCAUCAUUAAGUGCUUGGAAUGUGAGUUUGCAUUUCAUUAUAAGUGUGCAUCUUCAUUUCUCAGUUGAUCAAGCUCUUUGUCUUAUACUAUUGUAAGUUUGUUAUAUGUGUCCGAGUCAAUUCUUUUGACUAGUUUGGUUUCGAUCUUUUAUCAUUUGGUGUCAACUACUUGACUAUUGUAAGCUUUUUAUGAGUAUCGAAUAAAUUUUCAAUUAUCUUGUAACAACCUCUAGCUAUAGUUUGAUGCAGCCACACUAUUGUAAACUUUCACAAUUAUA